AUGGCGAAUUCUCAACGGCGAUGGUCGGCGAACCUGCCGGUCGCAAGGUUAGGUUCAGCCCCGGCCAAAGAACCCGCCAGGGCUGCCGAACCCACGAGUGCGGUCGACAGCUCGUCCGGAUGGACAAAGAUCGGCCGCGCGGGCAAGCCGGCAGCAAAAGCAAAGAGAGGUGCCAAGACACCCGCCCCAGGCUCCACUCCAAAGGGGGUUGCUAAGGCACCCGCACCAGCCCCUGCUUCAAAGGGGGGACAACCCCCCAAGAACGGAGCCAGAAAAGGGGGAAAUCCCCCAGCAAAGGGCACCGGCGGGAAGGGCACGCCUAAGGCCCAACCCGCCAAGCCCAGGAGAAUCCGAAUCCCACCAAACACGCGGCCGUACUUAUUAAUGCGGCCCCGCCAAGGGGGAGGAGAGAAGGCCGUGGCCCUAAGGGAGGCGAUUGUCGGGGUACGCCCCAACAUAAAGCUUGCCGAGCUUGGCAUCGCCUCCCUCAAACCAAAGAAGGCCGCCGGAGGGGACAUACUUUUCGAAGUCCCCGGGGAGUAG